AUGGGUGAGGCUCAAAGUCUGAACGUCAAUAGAGGCGCCCGGUCAAAAUCCGCGAGCUUGAGUGUCGAUAACGGCGCCGCGAUGAAGACCAAGUCGGCUCCCAAGAAGCCAAAAGCAUUGGGCCGCAGUCAGAGCGUUGCUAAUAUUGAGCGCAACUCUCCCCUCGUCGACGUACCCUAUCGCUUCGCAUGUGAUGAGCCCGUCGUCGGCAAAAACGUACACGUGCCUGAGAAAGUUGCGGAUGAGUACCAGCGCACGGCAAAUGAAGUUGGGUUGGCCCCAGUUGGGUAA